ACCUGACCAAAUUGGACAAAAGAAAGAGAAAGACUGGAGGUUACUCAUUCUUUCUCACGCACUCAAGUCGAGGUGUAACUCACACGCAGCCGAAAACAGGAAGUCAAGCGGGCGUUUAAGCGAGAAACACAUAUAAAAGGCUAGUUUAAGAAGGCAAGAGUUUCCCUUUGCAGUCUACAGGAUAUAGUUUAAGACAAUACCUCCUGGACCUUUCUGAACUACCUGCACUCAAUCCCCCCACUCUGUGAAUGCAGAUAUCCACCAACCUGUAGUGUAUGUAUAUAUGUGUGCAUCUGUGUGCAUAUGAGAUUAUUUAUUGGUGUUAUCACUGAGUGAGAACAUAACUUUGUGCUACAGUUCUGUCUGUCCUUUUGUGUGAAUAUAAGUUUAUGAAAAUAGCCAUUAAAGACAGCACAGGAAUAUCAGCGUAAGUGAGUUAAAACAACAAAAAAACUACCUUUUAGUAGUCAACACUGGUCAAAUACUUUAAGCUGGACUGUUGAAUCAUCUGUACAUAUCAGCUGUGACAGAAUAAGGUGCUCUGGCUAAGCUGCUCUAUCUGUCAUCCCCUCAUAAGGACUCAGGUUGACAGUAGCGCCAAACAAGGGGGGGAUCUCUGAGGGAAACAUGGAGGCAACCAUCCGUCCUCAUGUUCCCUCAAAUGGCUGACUUUAGAGAAAGAGCCCAACCUUGUCCCCAAGUCCAGAACCAGGCAGGGGCGUCCAGCGCUGUUUAGAGCCACAACCCCUCUCUCUUCCGCCUCCAACAACGUGCGAAUGUCCUGCCUCAGGCGUCAGCCCGUCACCAUCCCCAUGGACACCGUCAAGAUCAUCCAGUCGGAGAAGUUCCCCAGAGAGUGCCCUGUGCCCGUCACCCAGCCGCGCUAUGCCCCGCCCCCCAGAGUGGCGUGGGACGGUGGAGGUGAGGGUGAGAUUAUCGUCAACCAGGCCUGCAGCGACCUGAACCUGGACAUAACGGGCUCUCCCCGGCCUAUGGUGUCUUCCCCGGCCCCCAUGACGCGCAGGGAGCAGAGCUUCCUGGCGCAGCGCAAAACCAGUGCCAACGAGAUCUGCUACCACCAGUUCCACUAUAAGAUGGAAGACGUCAUAGUCAACCAGUACGUGCUGCGCUCCUCCUCCACCUCCUCCUCCACAUCCUCCUCCUCCUCGUCGGGGCCCGUCAUGCCCUGCGAGCCCCUGGACUGCCCUACCUGCGGUCACACCUACAACUUCGCCGGCAAGCGUCCGCGCAUCCUCUCCUGCCUACACUCGGUGUGUGAGGAGUGCCUGCAGAUCCUCUACGAGUCCUGUCCCAAGUACAAGUUCAUCUCCUGCCCCACGUGCCGGCGCGAGACAGUGCUGUUCACUGACUAUGGCCUGGCUGCUCUGGCCAUCAACACCAGCAUCCUGAGCCGCUUGCCCUCGGACCCCAACGGGCCCGUGCAGUGGGGCGGGGACGCAGACCGCAGCUGCUACCAGACUGUGCGCCAAUACUGCCAGUCAGCCUGCACCUGCCAGAUCGCCAACCCCUUGUCCUCCUGUGGCAUCAUGUAGACAAGGGGGGACACUGCAGGCGUGACUCGACGCUGCUCCCCCACCACUCUUCUCGUCUAUAAGCUCUCCUUUCUCUGCCAGUCCCUCCUUUCUCACACAUACAGUAAAUAAAUCCCUCCACAGAUGUUAUCUCUAUAUAUUUAAUAGCACAGACGGAUGCUGUGUGGGACUUAUGGAUGCUGGUGGUUCAAUAAAUAGUAAAUAAAUGUA